AUGCCAGCCUCUUCUCUGGGACAUGGUGAGGCUCCUGGUGGUGAGCCGCUUGGAGCACUCUGCUGGGAAGCCCUUGGGAGAGCAGCUCUCCCAGAGGUGCCGAGCCCAGACCCUCAGCCCUCCCUUGCAGGUUGGACCUUGGAGAGCGAGGCCCUGAUGCGAGACCUGGGCAGCUGGCUCCUGCUCUGCACCUGCAUGUGCAGCCGUGCCUGCCUGGGAGCCUCUGUCCCAGGGGCAGGAGGAGGGCCGAGUGCUGGGCCUUUCACCUGCCUCACCAACAACAUCCUCAGGAUUCACUGCCGCUGGUCCACCCCAGAGCUGGGCCAGGGCUCCAGCCCCUGGCUCCUCUUCACCAGCAACCAGGAGCCAGGCAGCAGGCAUGCGUGUGUCUUCCGGGGCAGCGAGUGCAGCGUGGAGCUGCCCCCUGAGGAGGUGCUUGUGCCAUCCGACAACUUCACCAUCACUUUCCACCACUGCCUCUCGGGGAAGGAGCAGGUCAGCCUGGUGGACUCUCAGUACCUGCCCCGGAGACAUGUUAAGCUGGACCCCCCCUCCGGCCUGCAAAGCAACAUCAGCUCUAGCCACUGUGCUCUGACCUGGACCGUCGAGGCUGCCUUGGAGCCAAUGGUGUCACUUCUCAGCUAUGAGCUGGCCUUCAAGAAGCAGGGAGAGGCCUGGGAGCAGGCCCGGCACAAGGGCCGCAUUGUUGGGCUGACCCGGAUCAUCCUUGAAGCCGUCGAGUUGGACCCUGACUCCACCUAUGAGGCCAGGCUGCGUGUCCGCAUGGCCACGCUGGAGGAGGAUGCGGUGGAGGAGCGUUAUGAUGGCCAGUGGAGUGAGUGGAGCCAGCCCGUGUCCUUCCUUUCUCCUCAGAGGCAAGGCCCUCCGACUCCAUCCUGGGGGAGGCCAGACAGCACCCUGAUUGCCAUGUCCCUCUUUCUCCUGCUGAGCGGCCUGAUCUACCUCCUAUUCAAGCUGACCCCCAGGGUGAAGAGAAGCUUUUACCAGAACGUGCCCUCCCCAGCGGCGUUCUUCCAGCCUCUCUACAGUGUGCACCGCGGGGACUUCCAGGUCUGGACGGGGGCCCACAGGGCUGGUCUGCAGCAGAGCCAGGACCAGAUCGGCACCCCGCAAGGAACCUUGGAGACCGGAGUCUGGGAGGCCAUUGCCCUGCUCACAUUUGGCCCAGCCCUUCCCUGGCCACCAUUAGGCCCAGAGGAGGGGAAGAUCACUAGCUUCCCGGGGGCCCCGAGCUCGGAGGAGGUGCUGCCAGCAGGGCGUGUGCCGCCAAGGGGGCAGCUUUCUGUCUACCUGCCACAGGAGGACUGGGCCCCCGCGCCCCGCCCCAGGCCGGCUCCACCUGGCUCAGAGGGAGGCAGCGGCGACUACUGUGUCGUGGGCUGCUAUGGAGUAGGGAGCCCCACAGCCCUCCCAGGAAACACGCAGAGCCCUGGGCCCGUCCCAGCCGUGGCCUGUGUCCUUCACUGUGACCAGCAGGACCUGGAGCCCCAGCACGGAGGCACCUGUGUGGGAUCUGGCCACAGUCUGAGGCAAGACCCCGUGCAACAGGUUGCAUGAGGGUCUCCGGGGCGACAGCCUCCUUCCUGCAGACAGUGAGCUCAGGCCUGAGCGUUCCCAAACCCUGACUCAGCCAGCUGCAUCAUGCCUAUUUUUUUUUUCCUGUGGGGAGUCGAACUAAGGUUGCUGGGCUGACCCCUGGCGUGGGCGGGCACUGGGGCUUCUGUGAAGGGGUCUUGCUGGUGAAGGCCAGGAGCCCUUCCUCACCCGCUGCUCUGCACCUGGAGGGAGGGGCCUCUGCUCCCCAAGCCUGGCUCUUCUCCUCUCCACUUGCCCUGUCCCCUCUGAGAAAGGCAUGCUCCACAGCCAGUUCUGCCCUCAGCCCCUUCAAGAGCCACCCUGGGACCCGCACACACAGCUGAGGGGCCAGGGCCAGCAGCCCGUCCUUUUCUGGGCACCUUUCCUACUGACUGAGACUGAAGGGACACGGUGGAGGUCUAAACCGCUCAUGUGUGGGAGAAGGGACCGGGCAGGUGUGAAGGUGUGGCCAGCUGGGGCUUCUGGGCUUCAGAGGCAGCAGGUGGAGGCUCUGACAGCUCCAGGGAGGUUGACCCCCAAACCUCAUCCUUAUCUUCCCACUGGCUUAGGAGGCUGAGAUCUGCAGCCAGAGCACCCAGUCAGGGCUGAGAGUGACCGUGUAACAGUGGCUGUGGCCUCUGAAGGGCCCUGCUUCCGCCCCUCACCCUCUAGCAGGGUGGACCCGAGGAGGCGGCUAUGGUCUAGAGAGCAGUGAGUGGACCAGACGUGCCCGGAUGACUCCUCAGACUGGGCAGGUCAGGAUAGCAGAGACUUGGCUCAGUCUGUGCUCCCUUGGAAAGCGUUAGGGGAAGGCCAUCCAGGUCUCUCUCCAGCUUGCUUAGUUCUUGCCUUCUGACAGCAGAACUCUCAUCUAUUUUUCUUUUCUCUUUUUUCUUUCUUUCUUCCUUUUUUUUUUUUUUUUUCC